ACUAACCUUUAUGGUUAAGUAAUAGUAAUCUUUAUGCAGGAAGGAACUAUUAAUUUAAUUUUUUAAAAAAAAUAUAUAAAAUCCUAAAUUUCUAGCGAAAACUAAAAUACUCCUGCUUUCAUAUUUCCAUUUGGAAUUUUGAGAAUCUAAAAAUUAGCUAACCGGGUAAACCUAGGUAGAAUCGGAUGUAACUUUUUUCCACUAUCAUUUUGAUAUAUUAUACGCUUUUUUCUGACCGUCGUAGGCAAAAUUUAAUGCCAUUUUACCUUUUUCUAAACUUUUUAUGCAAAAAGAGUCAAAAUUCAAAUUUGUUAAUUUUUUCUAAUAGUAGGUUGCGUAACAUAUAGGAAUCUCCAAACAUUUUAUUUUUUAAAUUUUUUAUCAUUUUCUUUUUUAUUUUGCAGAGCUAAAAAAGACACGAACCGGUACUAAAGGUUGCCGGCGCCCUGGACAGUGAAACCGGUAUUAAUGCAACCUUUAGUACCGGACGGAAGCCCAGUUUUCUACUAGUGUGUCAGGCCCCGAUCCCCUUUACAGGUCUCGAACCUGUGACCUUCGCGUUAUUAGCACGACGCUCUAACCAGCUGAGCUAAUAGGCCUUGGACUAUCACGCGUUUUCAAAUAUUUACAAAAGUGUGACCCGGUCGGACUACCGCAGGCCGAUCGGACAGCAGUGGGCCAAUCGGACGGUAGCAGGCCGAUUGCAGGUGGACGCUGUACCCGCCCAGCCGACAGCACCCUAUUGGCCCGCUGCAGGCCGAUCGGACGGCAGCAUCCAAAGCUGUGCAUGGCCGGACACGCGCGGGCGCAGACCCUUUCCUUUCGACGCGCGGCGCAGUCCCACGCUCGCUGCCUUUCCACGCGCUGCCGCAGAGACACGGGCCGGCCUCCUUUUCUCUCUUCUUCCUCCUCUCUUCUUCCCUACUCUCUUUCCUGCACGCAAGAACAGCUCAAAACUUCACCAUUUUUCGCAGAUCCCUAGUGAUUUAGCCGAUAAAACUUCACCAUUUUGCUGCUAUUAGUUGAGGGAAGCCCGAUCUACAGAUGGGUUAGGUUUUGGAGAAGAUUGGUGGUGCUAUUUAGCAGCAAUGGUGAUGAAGUGGUGGAGGUUGGUGGUGGAGGUUGGUGGUGGUGUUAGGGGCUGAGCUGCUGCUGGUUCGUGGUGGUGCUGAGCUGAUGUGUGCUGUUCGUGCUGCUCGUGCUGCUGCAGUUGGAGAGGCUGCUCACGCUACAAGGAAAUGGCAGGAAGAUCGUUGCUCAAUAGGGACAUUGAGAGGGCGCACCGUGCGGCCAAGCUAGAGGCCAGCCCUAAUAGCCUGUCACCAAUGGUGACACGCGGGGGUAAUCAGAAUUGGCAGAUACACCCCGGUUGGGUUCAGAGGUUGAAGUGGGCUGGACUUCUUCCUUUUGCACGGUUGGUUGAGGCCACUAGGUCAGAGGUCAUCGGUGAGCGAGUAGGCACGCCGAUCAAGCGCCUUCAGCAGGACAACUCCCUGCUGACCAGCCUGGUGGAUCGGUGGAAGCCCGAGACACACACGUUCCACUUUCGGUGGGGAGAGAUGGCCCCUACUCUCCAGGACGUGUCUUUCUUACUAGGCCUACCGUUGGCGGGUCAGCCCAUAGGCCCGCUGGCAGAACCUAUGCUUUGGGAUGAAGAAAUGCAUGCACGUUUUCAGGGAACUCGUCCGGGCCAGACUGAUUUUCUCUGUGAGGACCACGGUCCAAAGUGUGACUGGUUACUCAACUUCGAGGUUUCGCAGUUCACACCGCCGAUGAGUGAGGCACAGAUCACUAGGAGUCUCGAGGCGUACAUAUUGUGGCUGCUUGGGAAGGUGAUGUUCACAGAGAACCAUCAGACCACCAUCAGCAGGCGCUUCAUCCCCAUUGCACUGGAGAUAGCAGAGGCACAAACCGCCGACGACAUCAUACAGCGGAGUUGGGGUUCCGCGGUUCUAGCAGCAACGUACCGAGGUUUGUGCAAUGCUUGUACACUUGUCUCCCCCAAGUCUGGCCUUCUUGGCUGCCCACUGUUCUUGCAGCUGUGGUCCUGGGAGAGGUUCCCGAUUGGUCGGCCAGACAUAGAUGCUGACCGCCCUUUCGGGGCAAACGAAUUGGAUGAUCCAGACCACAUCGACAUGCCUACUUUCGGCAUACUUUGGACACGUCGCGAGAGACGAUUUGCUCGCGACCAGGUCAAGAACUGCUACCCUGCGUUCACCGAGCAGUUCGACGUGCUCGAUGAUAGGGCGGUGAUCUGGGAGCCCUAUAUGGCGGCCGCCGUGCAUGCAAGGUACCCCGGCGGGAUCUCUAACCUCUGCUAUAGAGAUUGUGCGUACUGGAUGACACAGUCGAAGAUCAUCUUCGAUGUGUCCGUGGAGGUAAUGGCCCAGCAGAUGAUCAUGAGGCAGUUCGGCUCUCAGCAGCUGGUCGAUCCUCCGCCACCGAUAGCACCUCUCCCUGCCUACGUCCACAAGUACAAUAGGAAGGGUACUAAUCACUCCUCGACAUGGUGGCUUCAGCGCGUUGGCUCGUAUGUUGCUGAGUGGGAUGGUGCGACAACACACGUCUGGCCGAACGAUGAGCAGUUUGAUCCACAGGAGUUUGACGCAUAUCUGCAGAGGUACACUGCAGCCACGCGAGUGCGCCUCAUCCCGCCGACUGAUCCAGCCGAGGCGCCUCAUGCGUCUAUGCACGAUAUGUACCCGACUCAGUCCACAGCCGGCAGUCGACAGCACGCGGGCCAGAUGACUUCAUACUUACAGGAUGAAGUCACUCGGUACACACGUCAAGUGUCCAGUGGGCUUCUUCUGCAGCCACGCAACCAGCAGGUGUCCUGGUUGAGGCGUCUCGAGGACAAGCUACGCGGGAUCUACUCGGCUAUCACGUGCAGCCGUAGUUCUGAUGUCGUUCAGCGCCACCUCCUUCCACCGCGGCCCUCCACACAGCAGCAGCGACGGCCACUUCUCACACCGACGGCGACACCCAGACCACCACCUCCUGACCGGGCAGGAGGUUCGUCGUGGCAGCACCACACUCCUUCCGUCGACGACUUUCAGUACCAGCACCACGGAUCACGGCCACGUCUCACACCGACGGUGACACCCAGACCACCACCUCCUGACCAUGCAGGAGGUUCGUCGUGGCAGCAGCAGCAGCACACUCCUUCCGUCGACGACUAUCAGUACCAGCAGCACGGUAUGUUCGGUGACUAUCAGCAGCAAGCUGCUUUCGACGAGUGGCAGCUGCAGCAGGCCUCUUUCAUGGGAGGAGCAGGAUACACGCAGGGAUACACGCAGCACACUGCGUUCAAUCCUUCAUGGGGAGCUAGUCAUCAGGAUCCUGAGCACAUGGAGUAUUACAACACGCAGCAGAACUAUGUCGGUAUGCAGACUCCUCCACCAGAGCCCACACAGGAGACGCAGUACGACCCCGAGUCCGGGUCCUGGAUCCCUGCUCGCAUCACCAGGGCCCCGGACAGGUUCGGUUGGACACCCCGUGUUACGCCGCCCCCACGAAACCCCAGACGCCGUCCAUAGUCUCAGACAUUUAUGUAUCUAUGUAUCGGACAUUUAUGUUUGCAUCACCUAUGUAUCAGACAUUAUGUAUGAACUAUGUAUCAGUAUGUUGUAGCGUUUAAAAAUGGCGCCAUAAGUGCCUCAA